UGAGCAGUGGUCUGUCUGCAAUGAGCAUGUGCUCAAGCUAACAUGGAUACCAUCUUGGUCUUCAGCCUAAUCAUUGUAUCCUAUGAUGCCAACAAGAAAGACCUCAGAGAUAGCAGUUGCCGAGUGGAACAGCUGCCUGGGAUCUUCCCAAAGGACGUGAGAAGCAUCAGAGAAUUGCAAAUGCAAGAAACUCACACAGAAACCAAAAGGACAACAUUCAUUCAAAAUCGGACUAUAGCUACCCUGCAGUGCCUUGGCUCUGACAGCAAAGUAAAAGUCAACCUUGUAUAUUUGGAGAGAAGGCCAAAGGUCAAGCAUAUUCUGAAGAACCUGAGAAUCAUUGCUGCUCCCCGCAGAAACAGCUCUGCCUCCUCAAGCUGUCACCUAAUCCCCACAUCCAAGUUUCAGACUCUUCUAACAGGCAAAGCUUUUUUACCAGGGAUGUCACAAUGUAAAGUCUAUCCAGUGAUGGCGGCUUCAUCAGAGACUUUUUCCACCACUACCCCUUCUAUAACUCCUGGGAAUAAAGAAGGAGAGAAAACUACAAGUACUGACACAGAUGAGAACUUAGAGAAGAGACAGAAAUGGAGUAUUGUGGUCAAAAUUCUGAUUGCUGUCACCCUGUUGCUCAGUGGAGUCGCCAUUAUAGUAUUUGUAAUUUUUGAAGUCCCAUGUCCUUGUCAAUGCCUAGGAGCCAGGGAGCUGUGCCAAUGCCAGUGGUUGUGGAGAUGGCAAAAGAAGGGAGGCCAGCCACCCGGGACAGCUGAAUCCAAGCCUGACUCUCAGCCCCAGAAGGAAAGUGUUGCACAAGAUGCUGCCAAUUCAUCAAACCCAAAGAAAGCUUCAGGGAUCACUGUUAUCCACCAGACAUACUUCUGA